AUGCUUGACAUAAGGGCUUGGGCCAUGUAUGUUCUACAGUGGACUGCAAAGGACCCAUAUGACUUCCUUAUAACAGGUAUUUUGGCUCUCACUCUGCUGUUCCUAGUUAGUGCUGUAUCGUCCUGGAAUUUGGCCAAGAUGAUUGAAGCCAGAGAGAAGGAACAGAAGAAGAAACAAAAACAUCAAGAAAAUAUUUCCAAUGCUAAAUAG